ACAUACCAAAAUGAUAUGGAUUAUUUUAUGGACAUGUAUUUUCGCAACAUUGUAUGUUCUUCACCAAUUGCCUGUUCGAGAAUGGAUCCAACAAGCUUUGCACGAUAAAGUCGGGUUAGUGCAAUUAGACGAAUUUAGAAUUUCAUUCAAGCUUAAUCAACUUACGAUUUACAUGAAGGGCAUCCGUAUCAACAGAGACAUACUCAUCAAGGAACCUACCACUACCACACCAAAAGCAACCAAGAAAUUUCAUUUUUUGCCUACGAUUAUUUUUGCUCGACUUGCCACAUUUGUCUCUUUACAUAUCGAUGAUCUAAUUAUAGAAAAAGACAACAUUUCAAUUGUCUUUGACCACAUUUAUCUCAAUUCAACUCUAUCUCAAGAUUUUGCUCUCAGAGUUCAAAUUAGUCCAUGUCGCUUAAUGGCACAGGCCAAGCCUUUAGUAGACAUGACGACAGCUUGUCUUGUGACAGUCUCUUGCCCCGCCAAAAGCUUUUCAUUAAAACAUGUAAAAAUAGACAUACAAAUAGGGAGAACUAUACUUCAAGUCACGGAAUGUAUCCAACUGGCUUCAAACAAAAAACAGACUUCACUUUCAUCAUCAUCAUCACCACCACCAGCACAGCAGAGCAGACUGCUGGAAGAUGUUUUGAAUUCAGUUCGUGUAACCGUUCAAUCGGUUUGUUUCAUCUUGCCCACAGUAGAGGUCGAAAUCCAGAAUAUCAACUCAAUUGCGCGCCGAAAUCAUACACCGCUUGUCCAACUCAAUACAGAAGAGAUCAAAUGUGCUGUUUUGGGUGUUCAAGUGUUCUGCAUGCCCAGCAUGGAAGUUAAACUGUCACAAACGGAUAGUGGUACAGUACUUUAUGCAACACCACAAACCGAUUUUAUCAGUUUGACAUGGAUACUCAAUUCACCAGUGAUACAUGUUCCUUUCGAUCACCCUCAAAUCAUGGGUUUACUGCUAAACAAGAAAGAGAAACCGUCUUCUAACACCAUGGUGUUAGAAAAGGUAGUAGCGGAUUUACCCAUGUGUACCUUUGCACUUGUCUUGAAUUCACCAAAAUUACAACUAUCGGAACUAGAAGGAAGAUGUGGAUAUAUUUCCAGCGAGAGUUUAAUUAUUCGUGUAUCGGGAGAAUAUGUUGUCAAGGCUCGAAAUAGUAGUGUGUACGAUGUACCAUCUUCUUCAUCAUCAUCUGGUAGUAAUCUGGAUGCAUUGUUUGCCCAAGAGGAGUAUCAAUGGUUAAAAAAGACAAGUCAUCAACGUCCGAGUAAAUGGUUAAACCUAAUGGGGCGAGUGUCGCGACGAAGUCAACCUGUGGUGACAACAACGCGUACGCAACGAUGGUCUUACCGAAUCUCUGGUAAAGUCAUGAUCCAAAAACUGAAUGUAGGUUAUAUAGAGUCCGACUUGGAAAAAGAGUUUAUUCGCAUCAAGAGCGCCAUUUUGAUGUUUAAGAUUCGUAUGAAUGUUUUAUUGGAUCAACUUGAAACAGUAUUAAAUUUGGAAAAUGGAAUUCAAUCGGAAAUUGCAAUUGAUAAACCAGUGAUUUAUUUGGUUGAUCAUCACGUUAUUUCUCCCAGUGUAUUUUGGUUAAAACAGGUCCCGGCUUGUUUCAAGACACCAGAAGAUACACCUGUAAGAGAAAAACCGGUUUGGAUUAAAAAAUUGAUCAGUAACACGAGUUUUAGUUUGGAUGUUACCAAGGGAUCUAUAGUGACACAUAGUCUAGAUCGCUCGCAUGUCGAUCAAGGUGUGGCUAUACCCACGCCUCAUCCUGGCUAUAUCGAUAAUACGCCUCCAGAAACUGUAUCGAGUCGUGUAGUGUUGGAUACACAAAAGUUCAAUUUUGUAUGCGAAGGACCUGGCAUGGGAACAGACUGGAAAAUCCGAUGUUACAUGGAAAAAUUAGAUAUUUGUCAAUCUUCUGGCAAGGACGAUACAUUACAUGUUAUAGUUUGGAUAUCUCAAGUCAAUCUUUCCGCUAAAUUGACCUUGUUAGACAACCUUUCAAGAUGUUUAUCAGUAUCCACCAAAAUCCGAAAGUACGGUAUCAGAUAUUCUGUACGAAAUCAUUACGCAUGUCUAUUGGUGGCCAAAUCUUUAAUGGUCAUGAAGCGACAAUUUGAACCAAGGCAAGAACAAAAAGAACCAGUCUUACCCAUGUACAUUGAAUCCGAUACACAUGUAGGAAGAGGAGAUAUUCACUUAUUACUGCCAAUGGAUAAGCAAUUAUAUAUACGUCUUGAUGAUUUCCUUUUGAAUUAUGAAUCCACAGAGUCACCAAGUAUCACAUUACGCAAUUUCAUGCUACUCGGUGUCUCACCUUCUGAUCCCGAGGCAUGGGAGCAGUUGAUUGAGGUGGACAAGGUAAAGCUAAGCAUAAAAGACGGGAUUGAGCUCAAGGCGCGAAAGUUUUUUAUUUCCGUGCCUUAUAAUUACGUAUUGUCUGCUGUGCUUGAUAAGGUGAUUGGUGCUAUCAAGGCUAUUAAGGAUCUCCAUUCUAGAAUUUUAACACGAAAGGCGUUCACUUUUUUUGGCCCCAGUGUAAACAAUAUACCUGUAUCGAUUCCGUGUAUUUUCAUAAAGACCAGAGUGUUCACAAUCCAUUUCGACGAUGAUCCAUUCGAGGCGAAAUUACGAACGAUUUUGCGAACCGGACUUGUGGAGCAACAAAAGCGAUUAGCUUAUCAAGAUGCAUUGACAGAAAAGAUCAACGAAAUGCUUCAAAGUGAAGAAGAUGUAUCCGACCAAAUUGCUGAAGCACAACAAAAUUUAUUUGGGUAUUUCUCUCAAUUCUGGAUCAAGAAUUUAAACGAAAAGAAGCAGGAGGAAGCCAAAUUUUAUGAGAAAGUUCAUUUACAAGAUUAUAGAAAUUCGACAAGUUCUCAAGAAUUAGAUGAUUUCUUGGAUGAAGUGCAACGUCAAGAAUCCGAGUUAUUUAUGAUUGAAAUUCGUGCAAGACCCUUGUAUCCACCUUUAGCAAACUUCUCUGCUCAGUUUACAAAAAUUCAGUUUAGGUUGGCGGAUUUCCCCUUGUCUGAAACAAGACAGUUUAUUCAUACUAUGGGUGGUGGUGUGCCAUUGGACAAUGACUUCUCAAUUAUUAUACCGUUUCAUUUAUCUAUCAAGGCAGGUCAGACGUGGAUCAAAAUGCGUGAUUAUCCGCUACCUUUGUUGUAUGUGCCACCCCCAUUGCAAGAUGCAAACGUUGGCGGUAACAUUAGUCGUCUCUCUUGGUCUUUGGAAGGUAAUUAUGCUGUAGGGGAUGAAGUAGGUAAUUCAGGUGGUAGUCGCAUCAUUCCUAUUUCGAUUAUUCCACCAUCACCCGAGAGUCAAGGAUAUUGUCUUUCUGCUGUCAGAACCGCAUCACCGCUCAAGUUUUACUCGGUGAUUGAUUAUGAUAUCUUUACAAGAGCCAUGUCUACCAUUUGUUGGUCAGUUUCAUAUAACCCGGCUAUUCAGGAUAUUUUAUUGGUGCUAGAAAAUCUGUCAUCCGAUCAAGUGGACCCUUCACCAAGAUUAGGAUUCUGGGACAAGGUUCGAUUUAUGAUAUAUACCCAGACCAAGUUUAAUUUCAUUGGCGGAGGAGAUUUAGCUAUUGUCGUGAAAGGCACGCGUGAUCCCUACCAAUUACAGGGUCGAGGUGCUGGGCUUGCCAAGAUUUGGAGUGAUGAAGUGGUUUGGUUAUUGGGUUAUAAAAAUGCCGAGAACGAAUUCAUGCAGAUCCUGAGUAAGAAUUAUGCGUUUGGCGUACCUGAUUUAGAAGGUGGUGGAUAUGUUCCUCAGCUACCAGAAUCUUUACCACCUAAAAAAUGGGCCGAAAAGACAGGAAAGUUUUUGAAGGUAGUACUAAAAUUAUCCGACGGUAUUCGUAUGGGUAUCGGGUUAUCGUAUGAACGACUCAAAUACUGUGAUGACUGUAAACAAUGUGCAGUGGCGCAUCGUCUUGAUAAAUGUCGAACACAAGUCUUUUCACCGCAUUAUAAUGUUUUGUAUCAGUCUGUACAACAAGUCAAAGCAAACUAUGGCGAGCGCUACUAUGAUGCGUUUUAUGGCUUUAGAUCCGAUUUUAUUCAUUUGUCACUAAGCAUUGUCCAUAGUGGAAUUCAAGAUGAAGAUGAUAUCCCUUAUAAUGCCAUGUAUAUCAGCCCUUGCUUUAUCGAGCAUUUUACGCAUUGGUAUCGACUAUUGGGAAGUCCGGUCUCUAUUCCGAUUCGUCAAGGCGAAUUAUUUCCCCGAGCCGAAGCUAAAUCCAAAUCCUUUGGCGAUCAUUUAAACACCAUAAAGUAUAAAUUUGUCAUUCAGCCUUUAACCAUUGGCUUUUUUUGUACCGAUCAAGUCAAGUCUCGCGGAUCUGCUGGUUUGAAAGCAACUGUACAUAAUUUUAGUGCUGAUUUACAUCAACGAAGAGAAGUACCUGCUGAAGUUUCAUUUGCUAAAAAGACACCCAUGCUAUUUCACCAAGUUGAAGUGGAGUUACAUGAUAUCGACCUGCGUGUAAUCAAACAAUCACAACUCUCAAAAUCAAAUGAAACGGUAUCUUCAACAGCAGCAGCAGCCAGCGAAGCGACUUCAUUUAUGGAUGAUGAAAGAUCGAAUCGAUUCCAAUGGGUGGAUCAAAACGAUUACGUGAUUUUAGAUCCUGUUCCUCUUAGUUCAGAAAAUCAUACAAGACGUGGUACAAAAAUUGAAGUACAUCCGUUUGCAUUCUCUCCAUUGUUUUAUUAUGUCAAACAAGAAGAUGAAGCUGGUACUGAAAAACGUGAAUACUUACGUGGAACACACGAUUGUAUCAUGGGAAAAGGCGUGGAUGCACAUGCUUUUCAAAAGUCUCAUUUACAAAGAAGAGCCUCUGAUCUCGAUGGUAUUAUCGAAGAGCAUGAUAAGCAAUUAGAUACAGUGUUAAAUGCCGUCAAUUUAAUUAAACAACCACAAGAUAAACAAGCCUUACACGACCAAUACAAGAUUCUUUUAGAAAAGCUAAACUAUUUGCGUACAAACCGCUACAUGCUUCAUACUUAUCUUGCUCAACUUAUUCUUGAAACCGAGCUUGACAGAAAUGCCGAUGACUCUCCCACCACAGCCAACACGACUACCACAUCCUCAUUGGGUCGUCGUGACGAACUUUGUCGAUGGGAAACCUUGAUGGGUCAAUUCAAAGACAGAUACUUUAUUCACAACCCUCAGAUUAUCUGGAACAAUUCUGUACGUGAUGCCAUCUAUUACUGGCAAGACAUCAAAAAUAGCCGCUCUGUACAAGACUAUAACCUCUCUUCACGUUGCCUUAAAUUUCUCGAGGAUUUGGUGCAUACUGCUGAAAAGCAACAGCAAUGGAAACCGGACGUCCCAUCGACACACAUGUUUCAGGAUACCGAUGUCACACAAGACUUGAUUGAAAAGUUAUUAAGUGAACGCAGUCAUCAUUAUGUUGCCUACAAUGAAAAGGAAGAAGAAAAACCCCAAGAAUUUGAAGGUAUUCAUGUCUUUGAUUGUGUAAAUGAUCCCGAUUAUCAAUACAAGAAUAUUCCGGAAUCUUAUGAGAUGAAGAGUAAGUAUUUGAUUGAUAUGAUGAAUCCUCAAGUGAAUUUUCAAAGUGAGAAAGGAUUGGAUCAUUUAAUUCUUUUCACCAACGAGCGCAUUCAUGUCAAGGCAUUUAGUAUCAUAGAUAAUAGUACCAGUGACGCUGCAGACAAAGAUGUAAGAUUGGUGAAGGAUCGCAUUAUUGUAAGCUUGGACAAUGCUCAGUUAUUUGUUGCAAAACGCAUGGAGUUUCUAGCCACAGAUUUAUCAACACAAAGCUCAUACGGCCAGCGUGCUGUACAUUGGACUGCCUGGGUUCAGCCAGAGCAAUUAUGGUAUUACAAGGAAAUGAAAUAUUUUGACAACUUUCAACGCGUUGCUUCAGAUUUAUCGGGCACGAUCCAACUCGACCGAUACAAUCAUUUACGUAUCAAGAUCAACAAGUACAAUACAUCACGUAAAAGUCCAUUUGAGGAUCGAACGAACACUUUACAACUUCAUUUCCCGCAAGUCAAGCUGACCCUUAAUUCACAACAGGGUCAUAUCCUGUACUAUACAUUGACGAACCUAUUGUUGGGGAACGACGGCUCACCACGUAAAAAAGAACGUGCUGCUCGAUUUAGGGACGUGAUGUUGGCAGCCGAGCGAAGUGAUCUUGCGGAGACGGUGAAGCAAGUGGGCGUCUUACAAAACAGGUCGCGUAUCUUGUUGGAUCUUCAUAAACGAUUUUUACAAGAGUUACCAAGACUAGAUUCUUUAGGCAUUCGAGAGUUUCAUAAAAAUCGAAGAAAGAUGCGCGAAAACCUUGAGAAGUUGUACUUGGUGGUAGAGGCCAUUCGAUCUAUUCAAACAUUUCGACGUGAUAUUCAUUUAGAGGAGACGGAUAAUGCCAUGCGAUUUAGUUUUACUUCGGAUGAGAUUGUAUGGGAGGCCGUGUUGGAUGAUCAAAGCUCUUUGUGCCAAUGGAUCCUAAGAAAUACAAAGUAUGUAUUUUUGGAUAAACAAAAUGGCUCUAGCAAAAAUACCAUUGAGGUGGAUCAGAUGCAGUUGAUCAACACAACAAGUUCUCCCGUGUUUAGCAAUGUAUUGGAUGUCUACUUGGAACCAGGACAGAGUCGACAAAAGAUGUUACGUGGUGUCUUGGAAUCUUUGCCUCCUGUAGGUGGAAUUCCUGUCAUUCAACAACUUGAGAUUAAUCUGGUCCCACUGCAUCUACAAAUCAGUACAGCGUUUGGUACAAUGAUGAAGGAUUAUUUCUUUCCUCGUAUUGAAGGUGACGAUACUAUUGCAACAGAACCACAAGAGGAGUCUGAUGAAGAGGAGGAAGAGGAUGAAGACGAAGAAGAGUAUAUUUCUGUAGACGGACUCAAGGUAAAAUCGCAAUCUGAAGUAUCCUCACUAGAAUCCGUAGACAGAACAUUCAACAGCACCUUGACUAAACGAGAAGGCAGUUUUGCUAGCUUUGACUUGCUGACACAAAAGGUCAAGGAAUCUGUACGAGGUAAACGUACCAGCAAAUCUGAUGAACUCACAGUAAUGAAAAAGCGUUCGUCUUCCAAUUAUACAUUUAUUUAUGUUCGUAUCCCAGCUACGCGACAUUGUUUAAGUUUGCAAGGACCUAGUCAAAGCACAUUUUAUAAUCUGUACAAUUUUCCGUUUAAGCAGCCAAAAUUGGAGUAUAGGAACAAGACGUGGUCUUUAGCUGAGAUGAUGGAAGAGAUUCAGAGACAGUUUAUGCGAGCUAUUGUGCGCCAUAGUCCCGCUUUAUUGAAGAAUAAGUUAUUAAUGUCGAAGCAACCUGUGAUACCUACUACCACAAACGAAGGUGAGGGUAUGUCUAUCCGUUCAGUAAAGUCCACGAUUGAUUUGAAUGUAGCCAGUGCACCGUUGGAAGAAGACGAAAAACAUGAUUACAAAUCGCUUUAUUCAAACGAUCCUGAAGAAGAGGUACAACGAUUGGCAGAGCUACAGACACUGGAUCGAAGAAUUUCGCUCAAUGUAGAUCAAGAGAUUUUGGAUAUUUAUCUGAAGCGAUAUCGACAAGAAGAACAGAUGGAUGAAAAGAUACAAAAAGGUAAAAUCCUAUUUGGCGAUGCCUACCAAGGCUCUUUCUUUGCUGAGCUGCAAUAAUAUAAUGUCGCGUUUUCUUUUAAUAAAUUUUUUUGGUGUUCGUGAUUUUUUUUUUUGUUUUGUUUCUUGUUU